AUGCUCGACCUCUUCACGAUCGCCACCAAGGGCGGACUGGUGCUGUGGUCAAAGGCCUACGGCCCCACUCCGUCCGCGCCCAUCAACACCCUCAUCCAGGACGUCCUCAUCGAGGAGCGCUCAUCAACACAGAUCUACUACAAGGACAACUAUGCACUCAAGUGGACCUUUGUCAACGAUCUCGACCUCGUCUUUGUGGCCAUGUACCCAAAGGCACUUGGAUUGACAUAUAUCGACACAUUGUUGAAGGUAGCCAGCACACAGUUCAGUGAUCUCUACGGCGAGAGGAUAUUGCGCAAACCCAGUGGGAUCCCACAGCUCAAGGACUGGGACGUACGGUUUGAGGCCCUGCUGCAGACCGUUGAAGAUCAGGAUGUGUUGAAAUCAAGACAGCCACGCAGAUUUGAGGAAACCGUCGGAUAUGCAAACACGUUGGCAUAUUCCAAGGCAAAGCCAGACGACACGAAGGAAAGUGCAAAAUCGCCACUGUUGGACGAGGAAGAAUUCCACAAGAACGUCGAGAUGCUCAGGAGAAAGACAGCAUCGCCUAGGAUGGGUGGACGGAAAGGCAAGGGUGCCAAGUCACCGAUCGCAUCCCCCGUCAUCGGAUCAGAUGGCGAUCUUAAAAAGAAGAACCUCAAGGAGGGACGCAAAUGGGACGGCAAGAUCUCUGCCAAGGACGCCAAAAGUCUGGAUUACAGCAAUUCGGAUGUAGCAGACGUUGUCAAUGCGGAUCACUUGGUAAGUAAGGUGUGGGGUGUGGAUCAAAGGGGAAUGGGACAACAUGGCAAGGAUGGCACAUACAAUGUCGCAGACCUGGAAGCGAGCGAUGAGGACAGCUACAGCUCGAACGAAUCAGACGAGGAGUAUACCAAGAUUUCAGCACGAUCUCUCCAGGCCAAAAAGCCCACUGCAGCCUCAACGGGUCUCAUGUCGUUCUUCAAGAACAUGACUGGUCAGAAGGAGAUGACUGCAGAGAGUCUGGGGCCCAUCAUGAACAAGAUGAAGGAGCAUUUGAUCAACAAGAACGUCGCCGCAGAUAUCGCCCAGCAUCUUUGCGAUUCUGUUGCCAAGGGAUUGAUCGGUCAGACAUUGGGCAGCUUCAAGAAUGUACAAACGCACGUGAAACAGAAUAUGGAAUUGGCACUGAAGCGCAUCCUGACACCAAAGACUUCUGUUGACUUGCUGCGCGACAUUGCUCAGGCACAGUCCGAGAAGCGACCGUAUACGAUUGUGUUCAUCGGCGUCAACGGCGUUGGCAAAUCAACCAACCUGUCCAAGACCGCAUUCUGGCUCCUGCAGAACAACCUAAAGGUUCUAAUUGCAGCCUGCGAUACCUUCCGAUCUGGAGCAGUGGAGCAGCUUCGAGUCCAUGUCCGCAACCUGAAGGCACUGGAACAGAACGCUGUUGUGGAUCUGUACGAGAAGGGCUAUGGCAAGGACUCUGCAGCAAUCGCAAAGGAGGCGAUUUCUUCCGCAAAACUGACAGGGCAUGAUGUGGUCUUGAUUGAUACUGCAGGACGGAUGCAGGACAACGAUCCAUUGAUGCGUGCACUUGCCAAGCUGGUGACAGUGAAUAACCCAGACAAGAUCAUUUUCGUGGGCGAGGCAUUGGUUGGCAACGAGGCGGUGGAUCAGUUGACAAAGUUCAAUGCGGCAUUAAAGGACUUUUCAGGAUUGGCGAACCCUCGCCAUAUUGACGGGAUGAUCCUGACCAAGUUCGAUACGAUCGACGACAAGGUCGGAGCAGCGCUGUCGAUGACCUACACGACAGGACAGCCGAUUUUGUUUGUGGGCACGGGCCAAACGUACACGGACCUGAAGAACAUGAAGGUCAGCCAUGUUGUCGGAUCGCUGCUGAGGGAGUAG